AUGGAGGUGCUUAAUAAAUUCCGCCAAUUGCUUUGGCUCUUCGAUGAACGAACCUACGACAAUCGUCGGGGUAUCGACGUUUUUAAUGGAAUGAUCGCUGAAGUGCGCGAAUUCUGUGUGAACGUAGGAGCGGACAUCAUCGACCCCAAAUAUCGUCCCAAUUGGCGCACAGUGAUACUAUUUACAUCGGUCGUAACGUUCUUCAUAAGCAUUUGCUACACGUUCUACCACAAAUGGGGACACUGGCUCUAUCUCGUGGAAGCAGCUCCAAUUGUUGCACUGUUUGUUCAGGCAGUGGUCAAAACUUAUCAUGCUUUUUUCAGCAUUCCAUUUCUUCGAAGCAUCUAUGGACUGAUUGCGGUUGACGUUAUCUGCAUGAUAAUAAUCCUUCAAAUUUUUGGAGUUGCCGAUGUUUUCAUUAACCAGCUUAAAUCGUUAGAUGAUGUUCUGGAACAAGAGAACAGAAAUGAGGAGAUCGUGAAUAAGAAAAUUAUUGAUAUAUGUUUGAUGCAUGAGGAAAUAAUACAAUACGAGGUAGAAAUGGAUGAAUCUUACAAAACGGUCGUACUGGUUCAAAUAAUAACUUCGAUUGCUGAAAUCUCUACAACGCUGUUUGUUUUUUAUCUGACAGGGCACAUCAACGCUUUAUUUCUUGCAGUUAGUGCAGUGUGGCAAUUACUUGAGUUUUGCUUACUGGGUGUCACGUUGACUAUAAAGAAUGAACAGAUUGUUCGAUCCCUAUAUGACAUUAAAUGGUACAGACUGACGACGAAACAACAGAAAAUACUUGGUAUAGUAUUGCAAGGGGCCCAGAACGCUGUGGAAAUAACGAUCGGUGGACUAGCUUUGCUUAAUUUAGAAACAUUUGUCGAGGUUAUGAAAAAAAUUUAUUCCUAUUACGCCAUGUUGAUGCAGUUCUUAGAACAAUGAAACGAACAAAAAAUAACUGCA